AUGAACGGUUACCUCGACGGCGUGCCAGCUCACCCGCUCAGCAAUCUGAGCCUGAAACUCUCGCCCAGCGGCACGACCGGAGGAUCGAGCGACAUCGGCAUUCAACCGGCCCCGGACGAGGCGUCCUCUCAACAGCACCACCAUCACUUUCACCACCAGGCCUAUCCGUCGCAUCAUCCUCACACGGCUACCCACGUGACUCCGCACAUGGGCCACCAUAUGACCCACCAUCCGAGUUACACCCGAGAGUUCCUUCUGCGACGAGAACACGAGUUCUCGACGGCGAGUCCCGCCACUCCGGAGAGCGGCCUAGGCCUGUUCCCACAGCUGCACCAUGACAGCACCGCCGCGACGAUGCAGCAAUUCCCGCACCAUCCCGGCCAGCAUCCGUUGACGGCCGGUCACUACGCCGCGCAUUAUCCGCAGGACUCCAGGCUACCGCCUCCCCAGUACAUCGCCGCGUCUCACCUGACGUCCUCGUCCAUCCACCAUCAGCAACACCCGGUCGUGGGCCACGGGCAUCCUCCCUUCAUGAGGUACGUGAGGACCAACUGCGCCGGCGGCGGCGGUGGUGGCGGCCCGAUCGGCGCCGUCGCCGUCGCCGGCGGCCAACGUCAAGACAUGUCUUGCAUGUGGAUGGACCAGGACGGGCCGAGCAAGAGUAUCUGCGGCAAGAGCUUCAACAGCCUCCACGACAUCGUGACGCAUCUCACGGUGGAACAUGUGGGCGGACCCGAGUGCACGACGCACGCGUGCUACUGGCAAGGCUGCUCGCGUAACGGUAGAGCCUUCAAGGCCAAGUACAAGCUCGUCAAUCACAUAAGGGUGCACACUGGCGAGAAGCCCUUUCCUUGUCCGUACCCGAACUGCGGCAAAGUCUUCGCCAGGUCGGAAAAUCUCAAGAUACACAAGAGGACGCACACCGGGGAGAAGCCCUUCAAAUGUGAAUACAGCGGCUGCGACAGGCGGUUCGCUAACAGUAGCGAUCGCAAGAAGCACAGCCACGUUCACACAUCGGACAAGCCUUACAAUUGUCGAGUAAGCGGCUGUGACAAGUCCUACACGCAUCCUAGCUCACUGCGCAAGCACAUGAAGAUACACGGCGUAUCGAUGAAUGAGGGCAAGGUUGGCGGCGGAUACGACAGUGACGGCGACGAGAGCACGAGCAGCGGUGGCAGCCUGUCGGUGACCGGGCACACGGAAUCGCCUCAACCACCACCGGUUGUCCCGGUAGCCCCGACGACGACGACGACGCCGAGCAACGCGGCACCACCCACGAGUCACCUUUCCGCCCGUAGCGCGGAACUAGGGAAUUGGUACGUCUGUCAGCCGUCGGCAACGGCGUCUCAGCACAGUCCUCUACCUGGACCGCCACCACCGCAUCAUCUCAGUCACUUUACUCAAAUCUUACAUCAUCAAGCGACCGCCUAUUAAUCGGACUUCUACUGCAGGUACGAAGACGAGUCCGAGCCUCUCU